GAAUCCAUCUUUUAUGUUGUUAACUUAGUUUCUUUCUCUCUCUCAUCGUCCUUAAAAACCAUAUCUCCCCACAUAAUCAAACCAUUUCUCAAAUCCCCACAUCUUUGGAUCAUAACCAUUAUUAUUAAUUCCUAGAAGAAGAGAGAAGUAGAGCCAAAGUUUUGUGAAUUCAUAUCAUCAAUUGUUUUACUUGUUCAAGUAAAUUUUUUGAUUUGUUCAAAAUUUUCUUCUCUGCUGUGGAUGGAGUUUAAUAGAAACAGAGUAGUCAGUGAGAACAAAACCACUCAUAAACCCAUCAUCUUCUUCUUCUUCUUCUUCUUCUUCUUGUUUUUAAUGCUUUUUUUCAUAUUAUUAUCAUUCUGCAGCAGCAUCAUAAGUUCAUCAGAUAACAUUAGGCGUUUCUCAUCAGCUAAAGGUGGCCAGCAUUACCAGUACUCCAUCGCUAAUUAUGAAGAUCAAGAGUUGAGCUUGCCGAGAAGAGGAUUGGGUGGGCUGGGAUCGUCGCCGCCACGGUGCGCCUCAAAGUGUGGCAAGUGCACUCCGUGCACGGCGGUUCAUGUGCCGGUGUCACCUGGAACUCCAGUGACGGCCGAGUACUAUCCGGAAGCCUGGAGAUGUAAAUGUGGGAACAAGCUUUACAUGCCCUGAUCGGAAAAAGCAUGCCCCGGCCGGUCCUCGCCGGCCUUUAGGUUAUAUGCUAUAUCCGCCGAUGAGCCGGCCUAAAAAGCUAUGAAUUUACCAUUGGCUGGUCUUUGUAAUUACGUUGGGUAUGUGCCAGCCAAUAACUGCUCACUAUUUUCAUCUCACAUCCCUAUGUUGUAUAAAUAAUGUAAGAUUUAUAGCGAAUUAUAUAAGUCUGUUAUUAUAUA